CUUUUCAAUAAACCUGAACAGUCGGGCACUGCAACCUACAGGCCGGUACGGCGGCAAUGCCCUUGGUAUCAAGGGGCAGUGAGGGCCGUGUGCCGUUCCAAUCAAAUUUCGAUCAGCCGCCGUUCGCCCAAUGAACAUUAGGGGCACACUGUCUCCUCAACUGUGGCGUUGAAUGCUGUUCAGCUCGCUGUUGCGACUCAAGAGCGAGAACCAGACCGGUCUUGUGGUCGCCGGCUUCAUCAAUGACAUGGCACAGAAAGUGCGCACAACUACCGAUAUGAUUCGAUUCUCGACCAGGUCGUGUCUGCUUUCGGCUUCUGAAAAAUAAGGCACGGGAUCAGUGAGAUACAACUCGACGACUCCGAAGCUCUAUCGAUUGCCGACGUAAUGGCUGAUGAUGGGGUGCCAGAUUCGCAGUUUGAUACGGCGGAAGCCCGAUUGAUCGGAUGGAGGAGAUAUCGGCUCAUACGAAUCUCAUGCCAGGACAUCGUUCGGACCACCGUGACCGAAGUGUCUACAAG